GACUCCCAAGGGCUAGUCACGGAGGGUGUGCGAGUAUAUGUGUGUAUCUGUGCAUGUGGGAGGGAGAAAGCCAGCGAGGCUGAGAGGAAAAACUCCACCACCCCGGACAAUGCCACCUCUUUAAAGCUUCCAAACUGUUAUUCUUUCCCCCCAUUAUCACGGUACCAAGUAAUCUGUCUUUCCCCCCAACCCCACCCCCCCCUUGAAGAUAUGGAAGAGAAAGAUAAAGCAGGUGCCUGCGGGCUCUGACUGCGCGCAGCCCGCAUGCCUCUGUCGCCAGAGCCGGGGCGACUCCACAGCCGUCGCUCACAACGAGCCGUUUGCAGCGGGAUGGGAUGCAACUUCUGGUAAUUGGAUCACAGGCUUAAGUGAUAAUUGAGUGUCUUGUUAGCAGAACAGAAAUGAAUAAUUCAACAUACAUAAACUCUUCUGCUGAAAAUGUCAUGGCUUUGGAGAGUCCCUAUAAAACUGUUGAGGUGGUCUUCAUCGUCCUGGUAGCAGGGUCUCUCAGUCUAGUCACCAUAAUUGGGAACAUCCUUGUGAUGGUGUCAAUCAAAGUCAACAGGCACCUACAGACUGUCAACAACUAUUUCCUGUUCAGCUUGGCCUGUGCUGACUUGAUCAUCGGCAUCUUUUCAAUGAACCUAUACACCCUCUACACUGUGAUAGGCUACUGGCCACUAGGGCCUGUGGUGUGUGAUCUCUGGCUGGCUCUGGACUACGUGGUCAGCAAUGCCUCUGUAAUGAACCUCCUCAUUAUCAGCUUUGACAGAUACUUUUGUGUCACCAAGCCUCUGACCUAUCCUGUAAAGAGGACCACAAAGAUGGCAGGCAUAAUGAUUGCAGCUGCAUGGGUGUUGUCCUUCAUUCUGUGGGCCCCUGCAAUUCUCUUCUGGCAGUUCAUUGUGGGAGGAAGGACUGUCCCAGAUGGAGAUUGCUACAUCCAGUUUUUUUCCAACCCUGCUGUCACUUUUGGCACUGCCAUUGCAGCCUUCUAUUUGCCUGUUAUCAUCAUGACUGUCCUUUACUGGCAAAUCUCUCGAGCCAGUAAAAGUCGGAUAAAGAAAGGGAAAAAGGAAGCUGCCCAAAACCAAGACACAGUUUCCCCCAGUCUUGUCCAAGGUAAAAUAGUGAAACCAAAUAAUAAUAACAUCCCAGCUAGUGGGGAUGGGUUGGAGCACAGCAAAAUUCAGAAUGGAAAAACCGCCAGCGAGACUGUGACAGAGAAUUGUGUUCCAGGGGAGGAGAAGGAGAGCUCCAAUGACUCCACCUCCGUCAGUGUGGUCGCUUCCAAUGUGAAAGAGGAUGAAGCUACCAAAGAUGCCAGACAAACUUCUGACUCCCAAGACCACCUCAAAGUUGAGAACUCCAAGCUGACAUGCAUCAAGAUAGUCACCAAGUCACAAAAGGGUGACUGCUGUGCCCCCACCAACACUACCGUAGAGAUUGUAGGCACCAACGGGGAGGAGAAGCAGAAUAGUGUCGCCCGGAAAAUUGUGAAGAUGACAAAGCAGCCAGCCAAAAAGAAACCACCUCCUUCUAGAGAAAGAAAGGUGACAAGGACUAUUUUGGCCAUACUCCUGGCCUUCAUCAUCACCUGGACCCCAUACAACGUCAUGGUGCUCAUCAACAGCUUCUGCACAUCCUGCAUCCCCGGCACUGUAUGGACCAUAGGUUAUUGGCUCUGUUACAUCAACAGCACCAUCAACCCUGCUUGUUAUGCGCUCUGCAAUGCUACUUUCAAGAAGACUUUUAAGCACCUUCUUAUGUGUCAUUACAAGAAUAUAGGAGCUACAAGGUAAAAAUAAUAAUGAGAAUAAUAUUCAUAAUGGAAUUAAUAAUGGAAAGGGUGAAGAAGUUCAAAAUUAAAACAAACGAACACACACACACAAAAUCCCCACAAACAAUGCCAUAGCACUUUAUGCUCUUCUAUGGAAUGUGCAAUCCAGGAUGAUAGUGGAAAUACUGACAAGAGGCA